UAUUGAUAAAUAUUACAUACCACAAACUUUGAUUGGCUCGAUAAUGACUAAGGUUUAGCUCCUCCGAGCUCCGUCUUGAAUAUUAUCAAGCAAGAGGCAAGGCCACCAAAAAAAAGCAUCAAACACCAACAAUUCUAUAUAACAAUCAGUACAUCAUAUUUCAAUAUGAUUGCCAGACCAAUGUUUUCGUCGGUAUGUCACAUCCUCUAGCUAGUCCAUACAUAGCCUACUCUCAUUACUUGAAGUACUAACGAAUCCUUACCUAGGUUUUCCGACAAGCUGCCCGCCCAGCAACAUUUGCCUCCAAAUUCUCGGCGCCUCGGUUCUCUCCCAUCGCCUCUCGAUAUCUCUCUACGGAAGUCCGCAGGCAGAUUGAUCAAGUUGUUGGUUCAAAGCCUGUUGUACUUUUCAUGAAAGGUACACCGGAAAAUCCAAUGUGUGGCUUCUCAAAGGCAACCAUCCAAAUCUUGAGUCUACAGGGCUUGGAUCCAGAGAAGUUCGCUGCCCUUAACGUUCUGGAGGAUGAAGGUUUAAGACAAGGUUAGUCUUGGAACGUCUACUUUUGAUAUAUGCUAGGUGGAUAUUAACAUACACUCCAAACAGGAAUCAAGGAAUACUCCGAGUGGCCAACCAUACCCCAACUUUAUGUCAAUAAGGAAUUUAUAGGAGGAUGCGAUAUCUUAAUUACAAUGCACCAAAGCGGAGAAUUGGCCAAGGUAUUGGAAGAGAAUAAGGUCCUGGUUCAGGAGUCAUCAUAAAAAGCUCGAACAUGGCAGGCUUUGAUAUGUAAAACAAUGGAGAGAGGAGGAGGAGAGGUAAGGCACUGCACGAUGCGGCUAACCGUCUUACACUUACCACUGGCUUAUGAGAAAAUGGCGGUAUCAUGAGCAGAAUUGGUAUUAUAAUGAUGAUUUUUACGAAUUUUUAAGGGAAUAUACAGGAUAAUAAAUAUGUCUGCAUCUCAUCCAAGUAUCUCAGGCACCGAUGA